AUGAUUAAUUUUACAAAAAAACGGCCUCCUGUUGACCUUACAACAAGGAAGGCUACAGAUAUUAAUUUAUUUAAUAAUUCACGACCCUAUAUGCGAGCUUUUCAUUUCUCAUGGUUUACUUUUCUUACUGCUUUUACAUGCUGGUUUGCUGUUGCUCCAUUACUUCCUUCUAUUAGUAAAAGUUUAAAUUUAACAAAUUCAGAAAUAGGAGAUUGUAAUAUUGCCUCAGUAUCCUCAACGAUAUUAUUUCGUAUAUUGUCCGGACCAUUAUGUGAAAAAUUUGGUUCAAGACGUGUCAUGGCAGGUAUACUUAUUAUUGGUGCUAUACCGACCGCUCUUGUAGGUUUGGCACAAGGUCCUAAUUCACUUAUAGCUUUAAGAUUCUUUAUUGGUAUUCUCGGCGCGUCAUUUGUACCUUGUCAAUUCGUAACUACACAAAUGUUUAACUCUAAUACAGUCGGUGGGGCUAACGCCCUUGCAGCUGGAUGGGGUGAUAUGGGUGGUGGAAUUACUUAUAUUCUUAUGCCAUUAGUAUUUAAUUUAUUCAACAAAUUUUUAUCAGAUGAUAUUUCUUGGCGCGUUUCUAUGCUCGUUCCAGCAUUUCUUUGUAUAAUAGUUGGCACGUGUUGUUAUUUGUUUAGUGAUGAUUGCCCGGAUGGAGAUUGGUAUCGUCGUGGUCUUAACAAACUUGAUGAUGGUUCUAUUAAUUCAAAUUCAGAAUUAAAAUAUUCAGAUACAAAAAUAGAUGAGGAUAGUUAUAGAAUACCACUAGUAAUUCAAUACCUUCUUGUUUUUAUCAAUCCUAAUGUCAUUCUAAUGAUGAUUAUGUACGCAUGUUGCUUUGGAGUAGAAGCAGCUGUCAAUAAUGUUAUUGCAAUUUUUUUCAGUACAGAAUUUGGACUCAAUCAAACUCAAGCAGGUUUAAUUGGUUCAUUGUUUGGAUUGUUGAAUUUUUUUUCUCGUGCUAGUGGAGGUUUAAUUUCCGAUCUUGUAAAUAGAAAAAUGGGAGUUCGUGGUCGAUUUCUGACUCAAUUCGCGUUCUUUUUCUUUCAAGGAAUAUUUUUAUUUCUUUUCUGGUUUAUGAGUGACAGUUUGAUAAUGGCCAUUAUAUUAAUGGGAUGUUUUUCUUUAUUUACUCAGGGCUGCUGCGGAACUUCAUUUAGUAUUGUUCCAUAUAUUGAUCCGGCAGCCGCGGGAAUAGUUACAGGAUUAGUAGCAGCAGGAGGCAAUAUAGGAAGUUUAAUAUUUGCAGCAGUUUUCAAAGCUUAUUCUGAUGACAUUCGAAUGGGAUUCAUGGUAGUUGGAGCGUCUGUAAUUGUAGUUUCAUUUAUACCAUUUUUGAUGAGUAUUAAUGGGAGAACACUAAUUUUUGGAACAGUUAUAAGAAAUUUUUAA